UCGAGAAUGGAGAGAAGGAACAUGUUGGGUUUGGUUGUUGUGACGACACUUAUGUUUUGCUCACUUUCUGAUUCAUCAAGACUCUUCAACAAUCCUGAAAGGAGAAAUCUCAUAGCCAAUGGUCUUGCUGCCACUCCUGCAAUGGGGUGGAAUAGCUGGAAUCAUUUUUACUGUGGACAUAACGAAACAACCAUUCGAGAAACAGCUGAUGCCCUUGUUUCUACCGGCCUUUCCAAGCUCGGGUACAUUUAUGUUAACAUAGAUGAUUGCUGGGGCGAAAUAGCUCGGGAUGACGAUGGUAAUUUGGUAGCACAUAAAACCAAAUAUCCUUCUGGCAUCAAAGCUCUAGCAGAUUAUGUUCAUGGAAAGGGUCUCAAGCUUGGCAUUUAUUCAGAUGCUGGGUAUUUUACUUGUAGCCAAACACAGCCUGGUUCACUUGGUCAUGAAGAGCAAGAUGCCAAGACUUUCGCAUCAUGGCAUGUUGAUUAUCUUAAGUAUGACAAUUGUGACAAUGGCGGAAUAAAGCCUACUGUUAGAUAUCCUAUUAUGGCUCGAGCUUUGAUGAAGGCAGGCCGUCCAAUCUACUUCUCACUAUGUGAAUGGGGAGACAUGCAACCUGCAUUAUGGGGUAAUCAAGUGGGAAAUAGCUGGAGAACUACCGAUGACAUUACCGAUAAUUGGAUAACUAUGCUUGCAAGGGCAGAUGUGAAUGAAAAGUAUGCCGAUUAUGCAAGACCUGGUGGUUGGAAUGAUCCUGACAUGCUCGAGGUGGGAAAUGGAGGGAUGAAGAAAUCUGAAUAUAUUGUUCACUUCAGUUUAUGGGCCAUUUCCAAGGCCCCUCUUAUUAUUGGCUGUGAUGUUCGCCAUAUGACUGAAGACACUAAAGAGAUACUAUCAAAUGCUGAGGUUAUUGCAGUUGACCAAGAUCCACUUGGUAUCCAAGGUAAAAAGGUUAGGGCGGAAGGUUCUCUCGAGGUUUGGGCAGGUCCUCUUUCAGGAUAUAGGGUAGCUGUUGUCCUAGUCAAUAGAGGCCGUCGUCGUAGGGCUAUUACUGCUCUAUGGGAAGAUAUUGGCCUUCACCCUUCAAUGGCUGUUGAAGCAAGAGACCUUUGGGAGCACAAGACAUUGGAAGGACAUUUCGUGGGAGAAUUGACUGCCACGGUUGAUAUGCAUUCUUGCAAAAUGUAUGUGUUGAAGCCAAUAGGUUGAGUUCCGAAAGAUGUUUAGAUUGCAGCUUUGGGAGCCAU